ACUGACCACCACCUGGUUCAUGACUGGGCACUUGGCGCUGACGGGUCCUGGCAGGAUAUAUUUUAUCCCAACUCACGGGAGUAAAGAGACAACGAUUGAACACGCGAGCUAUUCUGUCGUGGCGAGCUGAGGAUCGCGGAACGGGAGGUCGCAUACGCUGGCGCCGUUUAAAUUAAAUGGCAAGUCUACGAGCAAAACCUUCAUCUGGUGAAGCUGCGGGGGGUGGAACUGUGAAAUCUGGUGUUGCUGUUCAAAAGCCUUCAAGGGGUAGCAACGGCGGAAGCCAAAUUGGCGAUGAGAACAUUUGGUCUCCAUCAUGUGAGUAAUUGUUUCUGAAGUGUUAUUUAUAGGAGCUAACUAUUGCGCCCCCCGGAAAGCCUGGCAAUCAAAGCCGAUGAUGCAGGGUGUGGGUUAUAAGGAUGAGGAAGCCGUAGGAAAAGCUCUUAAAAAGCUCGAGUCACUUCCUCCUCUUGUAACAGCAGCGGAGGUGAGCCUAGCUCUCUAGGACAAAAAUCAGUAACAACACACUGACUUAUUCUAGGUGUCGAAGCUCCGUGCCAGCUUGAAGGAGGUUGCACUGGGCAAGGCUUUCCUGUUGCAGGGUGGUAUGCAGGCUGUAUUUAUUUGCCUGUAGCGCGCUUUACUGAAGAGGGCCGUUAUAGGUGAUUGCGCCGAAUUGUUCGACUACUGUACCGAGGUGAGAUUCUCAGAAGGCUUUGCGAGCAAUAGUUGAUGAGAUGCAGGAAAAAAUUAGCGCAAAAGUUAAGCUCUUGCUUCAGAUGAGCAUGGUUUUGAUAUGGGGUUCGUCUCCGCCUGCCACUUCCGAUUGCUUUUCUAAAGUCUACCAGGCGGAAAUAUUCCUGUUGUCCGGAUAGGCAGAAUGGCUGGUCAAUACGCCAAGUAGGAUCCCCCAAUAUUUUUCUUGCUUUCCGGCUGCGCUGUGGUGUUGACGAUUUUAGACCGAGAUCUAGUUUGACUGAAAUAGUCGACGGGGAAGAGAUACCCUCCUUCCGUGGCGACAUUAUUAACGGUUUUGAGUUUUCGGAGAGAACUCCUGAUCCUACUAGGCUUGUCAGGUUUGCUUUGUCUGCACUGUUGCUGGUUGAGUAUGUCUGGGCUGAUGUAGUAGCGCAUAUUAUCACUCGGCAACAACUCUCAACUUUUUACGUGGACAGCUCUCCUCCGGAUUUGCGGACCUGCAUCAUGCAUUCGAAUGGACCCUGAGUCACGUGCAGGACAGUGAGACGAAGGAGAAAUAUCAAGCCAUCGUGAAUUCGAUUACCGAUACUAUCCGUUUCAUGCAGACUAUUGGUGCUGAUACAUCCUCCAGUCUUGGAACCGUAGAUCUUUAUACCUCUCAUGAGGGACUUUUGCUGGAGUAUGAGCAAGGUUUGACAAGGUUGUUGCGUGACCCCGCCGGUGGUACUCUGGCCAAAUGGUACGCUACAUCCGCACACUUCAUCUGGAUAGGUGACCGAACCAGGCAAUUGGAUUGCGCCCACGUCGAGUAUUUCCGCGGGAUUGAGAACCCAAUUGGAAUCAAAGUUGGCCCGACCAUCGUAGGGGAGGAGCUAGCGAAAUUGUUGGAUAUUGUGAAUCCGAAGAAGGAGAUUGGAAAAGUAACCUUGAUUACGAGAUACGGUGCUGAUAAAGUGACCGAACUUUUGCCUGGCCAUAUCGACGCAGUUGUUAAAUCUGGGCAUACUGUUGUUUGGUAUGUUUGUCGCUACUUCUAAAGGGAAAGCUCAUAAUGCCUGACUUCCGGUAGGCAAUGUAAGCAGAUUAAUUUCCUCUCCAGCUGCAGUUGGUGCUGAUAGGACGCACCAAUUGGAAUUUAGCCGAUCCCAUGCAUGGGUAUGCACCCACUCCUUAUCAACUUCAGCCUUCUGAGAUUCUUUGGGGGCGCUCCUUAGCAUCCUAUGAAACACGAGGCCGAGCUAAAAACUGAAGAUGUAAUGGUUGCGCAGCAACACUAGAUCUUCUCCUACCGGUGUCAAAACACGUCAAUUCGAGAACAUCAUGAUGGAACUAUCAAGUACUCAUCGUAUCCACCAGAAGAGUGGAACCCAUCUGGGUGGUGUCCAUCUAGAGCUUACCGCUGUAAGAUGGUGCUAGGCUUCCGACUUUACUCAAGAACUGACUUUGUGGCCCACAGGACGCAGUCACAGAAUGUGUGGGCGGGUCGGAGAAUCUCACGGAUGACGACCUAUUACUCAACUACACGAGCUACUGCGAUCCGAGAUUAAACAACAAACAGGCUCUGGAGGCGGCCAUGAUGAUUGCUACUUGGUAUCGUGAAAGGUCUUGAAAUAGAGUUUUUGGUGGGCAUUAGGUAUCGAAGGUGGUAUCAAGCGAGUAACAGUUGCUCUACGGGGUGACUGUGAGUGAGUCUGUAUGAUACACCAGAAAUAGCGGUGAACCAGAUACCACAUGUGGUUUGUAGUAUGCGAUGCCAGUGACUGGCAUAUGAUAAAUGAGUUACGUUAUGAGCCUAACCCGAAUUAACAGGAUUAGCUAUGGCUAUGAGAGAAGUAGGGCACCUAAAGGGUGGAAACUCUUUUCAGAGUUUUAAGUAUCCUGGGUACCCAAAUCCCAACUUGGUUAAUUUAUAGAAGCAAUAGUUCUUCAAAAUAAUCAGUAUU